AAAUGCAUCAUCCUGGCUAUAGAAGCGAAGCAUAGGAAGGGAAGGAGGACAGGAGGAAGGGCGCUGUUCGUCAUGCCCGCCGAGUAAGCAACGAGACAUGCAUGUUGUUUUCCGUCGACGCAAACCUGGUGCUGCCCUCUUUUGAUUCCGGCCAAUUUCCACCAAGGCUGGCUGCUGCGGUUAUCCGAAGCUAGUGCUCCAGUGUGCGGCUGUCUUGCACGGGCAGUGUCCUACUGUAUCCCGGAAAACGGUUCGCGGAGAACACGAAUCGUUGUCCCGAGAGGGCCUGCUGCCAGUGCGAUCUCAGUGCCAAAGCAACAACAACAACAACAACAGCAGCAGCAGCAGCAGUAGCAGCAGCACCAGAUGGGGGAACCUUCGGCAGCGCCAUCAGAUGCUGGUCUUGCUGGCUCCCGCCUAGUGCAAGACGAUCAGGAAGCCCCAGGAUCAUCGAGCUCUAUCAACACUAACCGCUUCACCGGUAACGGCGGUAGCGGUGGCGAUGGUAGCGAUGGUGCUAUCGAUUCCGUCAAAACCAUAUCGAAGGAUCUGUUCAACCUGCUCUGGGGCAACAAAGUGAAGUACGAUGUGUUUCGAAGAUGGCAGCAAGGUUUUGCUUUCAGCGAGUACGAACCGUCUGCCUUGGUGCAGCGUGAUGGUGGACCAUGUUGUGUAAUAGCGCCAGUGCAGGCGUAUCUACUGAAGACGCUGCUGAUGGAAACACCGGGACACAGUUUCAACGAUCUAACGGCCGACAAAUGCAAAACGCUGCUGAUACAGGCGGUGUGCCAGAUCCUGAUGAAGUGCAAAUCUGAUGUGUACCGUGUUGUUAGUCUACGCAGUGAUAGCGCCAACAAGCCAUUGCAGAUGACGACAACGACGCCCGACGGACCGGUGAUGCGGCAGGCGGGCAGCGACGUGCCUGAUGCUCUCGGUGGCCACGCACUGAAAGAGGCACAGGAAUCCCGUUGUUCCCCGACGACCGUUGACGAUGAUCCGGCGGCACUCGAGGGUGCAGCCAGCCUGUUAGCGACACAUUACUAUCGCAGCACCCUCUGGACGCCGGAUGCGUUCCAUGGCCGCAUCGGGUAUCGCGAGCUCGAGCACAUUGAUGACGUGCAGCGUUUCUACACGCAGAACUUCCACAUUCUGACCAACGAGUGCGGCGUGCUAUUGCUACUGUACACGAUCCUGCAGACGAAGGGGCUGGACAGCAUACUGUCGGAGAUGUCGGACACAUCGGAGCCGCUCAUUCACGACACGUACGGCUGCGGCAGCCAGGCACUGAUCAACCUAAUGUUGACUGGUCGCGCCGUACCGCACGUCUGGGAUAACGAUCAGGAUGUUGGUGGCAUGACACUUCGAGGUAUCAACCAGCAGUCCGACAUUGGCUUCAUCACCGUGAUGGAGCAGUUGCAGUACUGCACCGUUGGUUUUUUCUACAAAAAUCCAAAGAACCCGGUCUGGGUGAUGGGCAGCGAUACCCACCUGACGGUGCUGUUCAGCAGCGAGAAGCGGCUCGUGUCACCGGAAACGCCGGCUGAGGUCGCGCGCCGUGUCUUUCGCCAGUUCGACGCGGACGGUAGCAAUUUCAUCCCCAGCACGAUGCUCCAGGAUCUAAUGUGUACGCUCGAGCUAGUCAGCGAACCGGAAUAUGUUGACCUGAUGCGCAGUCGGUUGGAUCCGGAAAACCUAGGCAUUAUCCUAUUGAACGCGUUUCUGAACGAGUUUUUCCCGAGUGAAAAGAAAUCUAUGCCGGACACGUUCGAUCUGUUGCACUACAACGGCAUCCCAAACUCGAACAUCAACAAUCGUGUGCUGUACAACAAAGGCCAGGCAGUGCUGUUGGAGAGUGACGUGCGUAUGUACAAUCCAUCCGACCCGAUGCUGACGUGCCUGCAGACGAAGUGGCCCAACAUUGAGGUGAACUGGAACGGUAACCGCACACCGUCGCUCAACUGACUCUCACACCCGAGUGCGCCUCUCUGCUGUGCCCCCCGCGCAUCUCGUGCGCCUCGUGCUGGUCGCAAACUGAACCACCCGGGUGCUAGGGCCGGUUGGCCACGAGUUCAUGAGUUGCUGAGCCCGCAUCACGGCUCAGUCCGCCUUGCGCUGUUAUUGUAGUUAGCUUUGCCUGUACCUCCAACCACCUUCCCCUCCACCUUCUCCCCCUCCCGCUGCAUUCCUGCAUCCGUGCCCUUCCAGCACCCGUUCUGUUGAAAGCGACUCCUUCGAAGUCAGCGCACCAGUCGCCAGCGGUUCUUUGCUGAGUGGUUCUUUGCGAGUCGGGGUCGAAUAUAAAGCCAACGAGCCGGAGCGAUCCGUAGUCGGAGUGUUUGGCUGCUGAUAUCAGAUUAGCAGUCAUUCAGCCAGCACAGUGCUGUUGGAGCAGUCAGUGGAAACGUAACGGAGCAGUUGAAUAAUCCUUAUACUUCGUACGUUGGACGCAAAGAUUACGCGCGAUGCGAGUGCAUGAAACGAUACAGCAAACCAUUUAGUUAAAGUAUGCAUAAAACUAAGUGGUUAGUCAUGGGAAGGUUGUCUCAAUAGCGCGGCAAUUAAGUGCGCCGCUAAGAUUGAAUUGGUCCGAUUUCCGUUUGUUUAAUUUCUGUUUGUGAAUGUUGCAUGUAUCAGUGGGGCAGAAUUUUUAAUCAUGUACUACGUAGCCUUUUUGUUUUUUAAUUGGCAAGAUGUUGCACAGCACAGCGCAGCUGUUUCCAAAGACUCCUCUCCCUGUAGUAUUGUUAACAAGACUGGUGAAAAUUGAUUGUGCUUUUUUUUUAAACAUAUAUGAGAACGGGCGAGCCGUUUGUUUAAAUUGAUCAUGCUUACGAUCGGUUGAAUGGGUAAUGGUUCUUCAAAGGCAUUCGCAAAUGUGCCGGAUGGGUGUAGGUCAAGCAGAAGGUAGCUAUUAACUCCGCUCAAACCUUAACCGAUUGAGUCGGGUUCGAUUUAAAUUUACUUUUAAUGGAAGCCAAUUAGUGUGAUGCCCCUCUAGCGUUAGCUCUUCUUGUAUUGGCCGACUAUCAAACACCUUUAGAGAUGGGUCCUUCGAUACACGAUAACUCAACGAACUAAGUAAUUGUUUGGGCGAUUUGGUUUGUUGGUCCAAGAAGCAGCCGAAGGAAGCAAAGGAAUGAUUAGGAAGUCGCUGCUACUACCAUUUUUAUAAGGUUUUAUUUUUUAAAUUUUAUUUAAUCUAAUCCAUGUAUUAUGUCUUAACGUCAAUAGCAAAUGAGUAUCUGUAUCAAUACCUCCUUCACUCUUUCUCUCUCUCUCUCCUUACCCCCGCACUAUCCUAUUCACCUUUGCAACACUACUACAAGCGAAUAAAGAAGAAAAUAAAGAAAA